AUGAGCAAAAGCGACAUUGAGCAUGUUGAGCUCCCAGCUCUCGACAAAAGUAAUGUCGGUCUCUAUGCGGAAGAACAUGUCCAAGGCCUUGCGAUUCCAAAAGUCACCUGGUGGAAGCACAAAGGCCUUCGGCGUCUUUAUCUCAUGAUCCCGAUCCUGUUUCUGUCCGCCACCACCAAUGGCUAUGACAGCAGUCUCCUCAACGGCCUACAGACUCUGCUGCCAUGGCAGGACUAUUACAAUCACCCCAAAGGCUCUAGGAUCGGACUAUUCAACGCCAGCUACAAUCUGGGCGGUCUGUCUGCGCUUCCUUUUUCGGCUUACAUCUCAGACCUCUUCGGUCGCAGAGUAGGCGUGUCGUUGGGUAUUGUCAUUAUCUUCGUCGGCACCAUCAUCAUGGUCGUACCGGCAGCCAACCAUGACGGCCGGUUCAUCGGGGGUCGGUUCUUGGUUGGUCUGGGCGCCAAUAUCUCCCAAGGCAGCGCUCCCGUGCUGGUCACCGAGCUGAUCUACCCUCAACACCGAGGCCGCAUGACCACGCUGUAUAAUGUGAUCUACGCGGUGGGUGCCAUCGUGGCCGCCUGGACCGUCUUCGGAACCGUCAAAUAUGACUCCAAUACCGGAUGGAUCAUCCCGAACAGCCUCCAGGUGCUCAUGCCCGGCAUCCAACUGCUGCUCGUGUGGUUCCUGCCAGAAUCGCCGCGCUGGCUCGUGUCCAAAGACCGCCACGACGAAGCCCUCGCGGUUCUGGUCAAAUACCACGGCGCUGGAGACGUCAACGACCGGUUCGUGGCGUCGGAAUUCUACGAGAUCCAAGAGACGAUCCGGCUGGAGAAGGAAAACUCGCGCAACGGCUGGCACAUGUUCUUCAAGACGCCGGGCAACCGCAAGAGACUGGCCUUGAUCGCACUGACGGCCUUCUUCUCGCAAUGCUCCGGCAACGGCCUGAUCAGCUACUACCUGCACAGCAUCUUGAACACCAUCGGCAUCACCCGCUCGUACGACCAGAGCAUCAUCAACGGCGGCCUCUCCAUCUGGUCAUUCCUCAUGGCCCUCAGCGCGGCGUUCCUCGUCGACCGAGUCGGGCGAAAGCCUCUCUUCCUCGCGGCCGGGGUGGGCAUGCUGCUCGCCUUCUCCGUGUGGACCGGCUGCUCCGCCGUGUAUGCUCAGACCCAGUCCGCCAGCGUCGGCAAGGCCGUGAUCGGGAUGAUCUUCCUGUUUAAUGGCGCUGCAGGGCUCGCAUGGCCGGGCCUGACGGUCGCGUACCCGGUCGAGAUCCUCCCUUUCAAUCUCCGCGCCAAGGGGAUUGCGUGCCUGUACGCGUGCAAGGCCCUCGCUUCCGUCUUCAACCAGUACGUCAACCCUAUCGGUCUCGAGCAUCUGAACUGGAAGUUCUACUUCGUCUACAUCGCCAUUCUGGUCUGCGAGAUCGCCAUUAUUUACUUCUAUUUUGUGGAGACAAAGGGACCGACUCUCGAAGAGAUAGCUCGGCUCUUCGACGGUGAUGAUGCGAAUGUUUCGGGGAAGGAACUCAUCGACCGGGGCGCCAAGGGCAACGUUGAGGUGGCCGUGACUACUGUUCGUGAGGAGAGCAAGUGA